AUGAAACGUGAAAAAAAAGCCGAAGCUAAUACCUUCUUAAAUAAGAAAAAUUCAGAAGUAGAAUUUUUUACGCCCAAGUCAAAUUUGGCCCAUGAGUGUGUAAGUAGAAACGUAGCAUUCGACAAUUUACACCAAUAUGUCAAUACGAAUGUUACAGAAGAUCAGCUGAAAAAACGAAAGGGACAUUCGAAAAGUUCUGCCCCUGCUGUGAAAAGGAAAAAUGUCCCCUCAAAGGAAAAGCAAAAGGAGUGCUCAAUUUUAAAUUAUAUAACCGGAUUUAGCAAUACGAAAAAGAUUUUCCUUAAAAACGCCAAUGCAGAUGGUGAUAAAAGGAAAGGAGUUAUCCCCCCGAAAGACGGCACAAUUAAGAAGAUAAAGGAAAAGAUAUCAGGUGUAAAAAAGAAUAAAAGUUCCAAGAAAAGAAUUUUUUCCGAAAGUUCAACAAACAUAUUGAGGUACUUUAAAAAUGUCCAUGUAAAUAACAAAGAAAAAACGGAACGUACUACCAAUUGUGGUACAGAGAAAAAUGCACAAAAUAGUUUAGACGAUAAAGCUGUUAGAGAUGCUAACAGCAAGUUUUAUGCCCAUGGAAAUGGUGAGAAUCAUGCUAAUGUACAUGACGAUAUUUAUUACGGCGAAAAUAAUGUGCACUCAGAAGUGUGGGGGGACCGAAAAAGGGUUAGGAGUGUAAAUUACGAGAACAAAAGUUUAAGUGAAGGAAAAGUGCAACAUGAAUAUGUUCAAAAUAAUUCCAAAUUUGAUUGUAACUACGAGGAAUAUUUGCAAUCUACUUAUUUAUAUUGUAAGAAACAUUUCCUGUAUCGUAAAAUGGAAUUCUUCAGCAAGUAUUUGUUUUACCGUGAAAAGAGCAUAAAAAAUUUUAUUUUCCUAAUUGAAGCCCUAUUUCUAAGAAAAAAAUACAUAGAUGUGUUGGACAUGCUGCAGCAUUAUAAGCGUUUGUGGAUAUUUUCUUACAAAGGUGUAAGGACAAAGCGAGGAACGGAAAAAAAGAACAAUGCGCGGAAGAAAAUCGAAACGGGGGACAUAUCAACGAAGGGAAAUAAUUCUAAAUGUGGAAAAGAUUACACUAAAUUUAUUUCUCAUAAAUACAGAAGGAGUACAUUUCUUAAGUUAGCUGUGCAAAAUGGCCCAACACCCCCUACUGGGGAAAUUAAUGACGUGGAGCAUAAUAACAUUUGCAAUAUUGAACACAGCCAAGUACAAAAAUUUAAAAGAAAAAAAAGGAACGAGAAAAUGCAUACACAUAAAAUGUGUACCAUGGAAUUGCUUUGUAAGCGUAAAAAUAUUUAUGAAGUAAAUAAUUCCAAUGGAUUCAUCACAAGCGGGGGAAAAACAUGUAAAAGGAAAGCGUGCAACAAAAUAUACUGCAUAUGCUAUGUCGCCUUUGUAAAAAUUAUGUCUCUCAUCAGAAUGCAAAAUCAGAACUGCUUAAACAAAUGCGUGAAUUUUAUACAAAAGAUAAGUAAGAAAUGUUUGCUAAAUAAGAAUGGUCAUUAUUUGACCCAUGCAGUUAUUCACUUGUACGAAUUAGCAGGUUUGUAUAAUUACGCUCUGAAAUAUUCAAUGCUGCUAUUUUUGAAGUGCCCUGUGUAUCCCCAAAUUAUUCUGAAGCUCUUCAGUUUUUCCAUACUAAGCUUAAAAGAUGAAAUUUAUUUAAUUCUACUAGCCAAGUAUUGUAAGUGCAUUUCCUGGAUGAAAUAUUUCCUCCUCUUCAUUUUGUACUCGGUGAAUUACCAGUUUCGAAAUAAUAAGACCGUUAGCAAUUUUCUCCUCCUCCUUGAUGGUGUCACAAAGGGGAGAACAAACAUUGCCAAAAGGGGGAAAACAAACAAUGUGGCAGGAAAAAGUGACCACAACGAAAUGGAAGGAAAAAUUAAACAUAAGAAGUGGAUUCAAAGUAGAAAAGUCUCCAUGGAGCGGAUUUGCCAACUUACCUGUGACAGCGAAAGGAACGAUAGGGGUAAAUAUAUUGAAGAGAGCGAACACCAAAAGGGUGAGGGAAGAAAAUACGUUAACAUCCCACAAUAUUUACAAAAGCACUCGAGUAAACAAAACAUGCACCAAUAUGACCUUAACAGCAAUGCACACAUUUGCAGAAAAAUUACAUUGUACAACUCUUUAUAUAGCAAAGUGACACUGUACGAUGCAUAUGUGUACAUUGCGCAAAAUAAAUUUUCAGAUUAUUUUCCAAAAAUUUUCCUAUAUUCCAAAUUACACAUAAUAAUAAAUAUCAAAAGAAGUUUUUAUGAACAAAAUUAUCCCAUGUGUUAUAGUUUAUGCAAACUGCUACUGAUGGAUCACAUGUAUGACUCAUCAGUGGUAGCAUUUUUUGUUAACUCUGCAUAUUUAUUAAAAAAAGUUAGCGCUAUAAAACGAUUGGCUCAAGAAUUAAAAACAAACAACCGAAGAAUUUAUUUUCUCUUUUGCAAUGCAGCUUUGUUGUUACAUUUUAAACAAAUCGAACGAUCUAUUCAAAUAUAUAAAUAUAUUGUGGACUCAUAUCAGAACAUUUUUUCUGAUCUCUAUUUUUAUUCCUUGUUUAAUUUAAUAUAUACUCUACAAUUGACGCAGAAAGCGCACCAAAUUGUUAUUUUUUGUAAAAAUUUAAAUAAGUUAUUUUUUAAUAAUAUACAUUCUUAUAUAUUACUAUCAUAUUACUAUUUUGUAAAUGACAUUCCAACCAAGUGUUACGCCUCCCUUAGGAGAGCUCAUCAAAUAUAUCGAUAUCACCCUGAUACGUUUUAUCUCCUUUCUUUACUCGCGCUACAGGCUAAAAGGUACGAAGAAUACUGCGCCUUUAGCGAACUAGCUCUUUUUUUCAGUUUAAGGAACCGAAAUCUCAGAAACUAUGUUUUUUCCAACAUUUAUGGAAAGCAACAUAAGCACGUUCCAUCUCAUUUGUUAAGCUACCAUUUGGAGAUAAUUGAUCCCGACAGAAGCACGACUUUGAGCAUCCCCAAUUUAAGCUCCCUCUUGAAUUACGUGUACUUUGAGGGGUUAAUGAAAUCUUACAUUAUACUUCACUUUUGUUCGGCGAAAAGGUCCCAUAUAAACUAUCUCAUGUUGAGUAAAAAUCUGGGCAUCAUUGCUGCACAAUUUUUCCCAGAGAAUUUAAGCUUAUUACAUAUUUUGAAAUAUAUCGAUGACGUUAGACGAAGGGAGAAGAUGGAAAAAAGAAAAAAAGCCCAAAUUUUGCAUUAA